GGUACUCUAGUUCAGAGGCCCAAAUUCGUCAUUGGCGCGUACUCUAUGGUUGGCGCUUGCAAACCGAAAGUAAACAACCGUCAACCUCAACUUAGCUGACGACACCUCUAUAAGCAUAACCUUAUUAUUCUAAGCCGCAAGCCCGCAAACAAAAGAAGCUUCAUUUUUUGCUUGGCCGCCACGCAAAUUCCAUGGUUCUAUCAAAUAUCCUGCAUUAUUAAUGUCUCGAUCGUAAGAAUAAACGAACUUCAAAUUUCAUAUUGUGAUCCCUAUUUUCGCAUCUUUGUCAAUUUUUGAAACUUCCAAAAUUCAAGUUUCUUGCUAUCUGCGUCUGAGUUACUAAGUGCAUGGUUUAAAACAGGAGUAGCUCUCCUCUCAGAACCAAGUGUGUGCCUGGUGUUUAUCGAGGAUGAAGAGGAGAGUUGUUGUGACUGGUAUAGGCUCUGUGUCUUGCCUGGGUCAUAAUACCCCUGAAGCUUGGAACUUAUUGAUUAGUGGUCACAGUCGAAUCAGCCGGCUGAGCAAUACUUCGUAUGAUACAAUUCCAAGCAAAGUUGCGGCUCAAAUUCCUUUGGGUUCUGGAAAAGGAGAAUUCAAUGUUAACGAUCAUUUCCAUGACAAGCAACUUCGAGCAAUGGCCCCUGGAACUGUUUUUGCUGUAGUUGCUGCCCGAGAAGCUUUGAAGGAUGCACAAUGGUCACCUCAGAAUCAAGACUCAAAACAACGAACAGGAGUUGCAGUAGGAAUGGGUAUGGUUAGCUUGAAUGAUAUUUGUGCAACUAAUGAUGCUUUGAAAACACGAUACAAUAGAGUUAGUCCUUAUUUUGUUCCCAAAAUCUUACUCAAUAUGGCUGCAGGUCAUAUUAGUAUGGAAUUCGGUUUUCAAGGUCCAAAUCAUGCUGUCUCCACGGCUUGUGCAACAGGCGCCCAUGCAAUCGGGGACGGUUUUCGGUUUAUUCAAAAUGCUUUUGCUGAUGUAAUGGUGUGUGGAGCUGCUGAGUCUUGUAUUACUCCCUUAUCAGUGGCAGGAUUUUGCAGAAUACGAGCCCUUAGCACAGCCUUCAAUGAUUUUCCUGAGCAAUCUUCCAGGCCUUUUGACAAGAAGCGAGAUGGAUUUGUCAUUGGAGAAGGCGCAGCCAUUGUAGUCCUUGAGGAGUUGAGCCAUGCUAUUUCUAGGAAUGCAAAAAUAUAUGCCGAGGUUUUAGGUUACGGUUUGUCAGGCGACGCCGCGCAUUUAACCGCACCUCAAGAUGAUGGUCAUGGUGCUAAAUUAGCCAUGCGGAUGGCUGUCAAAGAUGCUGGCUUGAAUUUAGCAGAUGUAUCAUACAUCAAUGCCCACGCAACUUCUACUCCUUUGGGAGAUGGAAUUGAACUCAAAGCAAUCAAAUCUGUGUUAAAAAAUCACACUGACUCGUUAAUAGUUUCAUCAACGAAAGGUGCACAUGGGCACCUCCUUGGAGCGAGUGGCAGUUUAGAAGCAGUUUUCACCAUAUUAGCCUGCAAAAAUGGCAUCAUACCUCCAACCAUCAAUUUAGAUGAGGCUUGUCUGGAAGCAGAAGGAAUAGAUUUGGUGCCUAAUCAAAGUAAAAAGUGGGAGGGGCCUCAUAGACGUAUAGCCUUGAAAAAUUCCUUUGGUUUCGGUGGGACAAAUGCCUGUCUAUGUCUAGGAGAGAUUGUGCCUUAAUAAUUGUUCUCCUUCAAGUAAAACCAAAAGAAGGAAGAGUCCAGUCAUUUUUCGUCCACUUUAAAGUCUUACUUACAUAAGAUCAUCGAUUGAAUCAGAUUAAAAAAUAACAGCCUGUGUGAGGAAGAGUGACAGUAAGAUGGGAGCAUUCCUAAAGUCACUUCAUUAUUUUUUCAGUUUCUUUAAAUCCUCAGUAACAAACUUCUCUUCCGUAAAUACACGAGAAGAUGACAAAAGUAAGAAAUUAGAAAAAACUGUCUUGACCCAAUCAAAAUUAUGGGCACUAGGUGGCUGGAACAUUAAUGGAACAGGGAAUUUAGGGAUUUUGGCUGAACCCAAAGGACCAUUUAUUUACUUAAAGCCUGCGUGGAAUAAGCUUAAGCAUUUUUUGGACAAGAAUAAACAUUCGCCAUAGUAAUACUUCCCAUUAAAUAAAUAUAUGUACCACUUAAAGUGAAUCUUCAGUGGUGUGUGGUCUUAAAAAAUAAUAAUAGCUUCGCUAUUAUUUAGUGAGGCUAGUUAUACUUCUAUUAUGUAAAUGAGAUCUUUUCUUUUGACUGAAGCAUUUUCCAAAA